CGGCUCCUUUAUUAGACCAAGAUACAAUCAGUCUGUCUCUUCAUUUUCCUUGGGAAUCAACAAGUAACUGAGUGUAGCACCUGGGUCAAGAAGUGGCAACAUCUGGCCAGGACACAAGGGAAGGGACCCCUCUCAAGGGGCCAGAAAGACAGGAUGAAGACUCCAAUCCUGAUUGCACUCAUUUUGGCCUUUACCAGUUGUUUUCCAUUAAGUGAGAGUCAGCAAAGCCAGAGAACACAGAAAACACCCAAUAAAUUUGUCCAAAAUAAUCCAAUUCGAACUUUGAGAAGUAGACCAUCAUCUGCUCAAUCCCCAUCCAGGAAAUCUCAGCCUCGUCCACAUGCAACUGCCUCAUCUGUAGCUGGAGUUCCUCGAAAGAUUACAUCUUCACGUUCUCAGGCUCCACAAGCCCAAUCAUCAUCUUCCCUGAAGGCAGUAAGAAGGUCUUCUGUUCCAGUUCAAGCUGCAUCAAGGGUAGCUCUAUCUAACCAGAUCGUUCCCAAGUCAUCUCCAGCAUGGAAACAGAUGUCUCCUUUGAAGGUAGGGCCCAAAUCAGUUAGGAUAUCCUCCAAACAGUCCACAGGUUCUCAAUUUACAUCAAGGCAGUCUUGGCCUGCAAAGAAACCCGCAGUAGCAUCAAGAACCUCCAAAGUCACCCGCAAGCCUUCUCAGCCCUCCAACAAAAUAGUGAGAAUCUCCAAAGUCACCCGCAAGCCUUCUCAGCCCUCCAACAAAGCAGUGAGAAUCUCCAAAGUCACCCGCAAGCCUUCUCAGCCCUCCAACAAAAUAGUGAGAAUCUCCAAAGUCACCCGCAAGCCUUCUCAGCCCUCCAACAAAGCAGUGAGAACCUCCAAAGUCACCCGCAAGCCUUCUCAGCCCUCCAACAAAAUAAUGAGAAUCUCCAAAGUCACCCGCAAGCCUUCUCAGCCCUCCAACAAAAUAGUGAGAAUCUCCAAAGUCACCCGCAAGCCUUCUCAGCCCUCCAACAAAGCAGUGAGAAGCUCCAAAGUCACCCGCAAGCCUUCUCAGCCCUCCAACAAAAUAGUGAGAAUCUCCAAAGUCACCCGCAAGCCUUCUCAGCCCUCCAACAAAGCAGUGAGAAUCUUCAAAGUCAUCCGCAAGCCUUCUCAGCCCUCCAACAAAACAGUGAGAAUCUCCAAAGUCACCCGCAAGCCUUCUCAGCCCUCCAACAAAGCAGUGAGAACCUCCAAAGUCACCCGCAAGCCUUCUCAGCCCUCCAACAAAGCAGUGAGAAUCUUCAAAGUCAUCCGCAAGCCUUCUCAGCCCUCCAACAAAGCAGUGAGAAUCUCCAAAGUCACCCGCAAGCCUUCUCAGCCCUCCAACAAAGCAGUGAGAACCUCCAAAGUCACCCGCAAGCCUUCUCAGCCCUCCAACAAAGCAGUGAGAAUCUUCAAAGUCAUCCGCAAGCCUUCUCAGCCCUCCAACAAAAUAGUGAGAAUCUCCAAAGUCACCCGCAAGCCUUCUCAGCCCUCCAACAAAGCAGUGAGAAUCUCCAAAGUCACCCGCAAGCCUUCUCAGCCCUCCAACAAAGCAGUGAGAAUCUCCAAAGUCACCCGCAAGCCUUCUCAGCCCUCCAACAAAGCAGUGAGAAUCUCAAAGUCAUCCACAAUCACCCGCAAGCCUUCUCAGCCCUCCAACAAAGCAGUGAGAAUCUCCAAAGUCACCCGCAAGCCUUCUCAGCCCUCCAACAAAGCAGUGAGAACCUCCAAAGUCACCCGCAAGCCUUCUCAGCCCUCCAACAAAGCAGUGAGAAUCUUCAAAGUCAUCCGCAAGCCUUCUCAGCCCUCCAACAAAAUAGUGAGAAUCUCCAAAGUCAUCCGCAAGCCUUCUCAGCCCUCCAACAAAGCAGUGAGAACCUCCAAAGUCACCCGCAAGCCUUCUCAGCCCUCCAACAAAAUAGUGAGAAUCUCCAAAGUCACCCGCAAGCCUUCUCAGCCCUCCAACAAAGCAGUGAGAAUCUCCAAAGUCACCCGCAAGCCUUCUCAGCCCUCCAACAAAGCAGUGAGAAUCUCCAAAGUCAUCCGCAAGCCUUCUCAGCCCUCCAACAAAAUAGUGAGAAUCUCCAAAGUCAUCCGCAAGCCUUCUCAGCCCUCCAACAAAAUACAAGGCAGUGAGAAUUCCAAAGUCACCCACAAGCCUUCUCAACCCACCAACAAGGCAGUGAGAAUCUCCAAAGUCACCCGCAAGCCUUCUCAGUCAUCUAAAAAAGCAGUGAGAAGCUCCAAAGUCACCCGCAAGCCUUCUUGGCCCACCAGCAAGGCAGUGAGAACUUCCAAAGUCAUCCACAAGCCUUCUCAACCCACUAACAAGGCAGUGAGAACCUCCAAAAGCACCCGUAAGCCUUCUCGGCCCUCCAACAAAGUGACAAGAAGCCCCAAGCCCACCCGCAAGUCUUCUCAACCCACCAACAAACCAGUGAGAAGCUCCAAAGGCACCUACAAGCCUUUUUGGCCCUCCAACAAAGUAACAAGAAGCCCCAACCCCACUCUCAAGCCUUCUCAACCUGCCAACAAACCAUCACGAAGGCACAAGCCCACCCGUAAGCCUUCUCGACCCACCAACAAACCAACAUGGCCCAAGCAUACACCAAAACGACCUCAAGUGCUCCAACAUCCACCAAAGAAAGCUCCACAUGCCCAAGCUCCACACAAGAAACAUAGACCUUCCAAGGCUAUUCCACGUCCCAAUGCCAAAGCUCCAUCACAUAAACUUGUCUCAUUUUCUAAGCCAAAGGCUCCAAGGCCUCCAUCACACAUAUCCCAACUCCUUCACCCUCUACCAUCCCGUCUUCAUCCUACAAAACCUUACCAUUCAGGAUCUCAUUCAGCACCCCGUCUUCACCCACACCCAAGCCAUCCACGUCAACCUCAUAAACAUCCAGGAGGUCAAAGACCACUUCAGAUAGUGCCAACCACUUCUGCUGGAGUCACAGAAGAACCUGAUGCCUUAACUGAUGCCCAAAUAUAUUUGGUCAUCACAACUACUGGAGCCACUACUACUUUAGCUGGAAUGAGGACUACUGUGUCAGGUAGCACAGUCUCCACAGCUGCCACUACAGGAGCCACCACCACUGCCAUGACGAGGGCCACCACCACUGCCACGACGGGGACUACCACUGCCACUGUUGCCACAUCUCCAGUCACUGACACCUCAACAUCUGAAUCUUCGACUGUAGUUGAUGAGGUCUCUUCUGAAUCAGCUAUUGACAGUACUACUUUCCCUGCAACAGAUGAAUCAACUUCACCAGGAACUGAAGUCACCACCCCAGCUAUUGAAGCAUCAACCUCUGAGCCUGAUGCCUCAACCUCAGCAGAUGAGUCCACCACUGGAGUUGUGGAAGCCACCACUGCUACUAUAGGAGCCACCACCAUUACCACCACAGGAGGCACUACUACUGCCACUACAGGAGCCACCACUACCACUGUGGGAGAUACCACCACUGCCACUAUGGGAGCCACAACCACUGAAGCCACUGCAUUGACCACUGAGGAUAACACUGUCGCAUCAUCCCCUGAAGCAACAACUUCCGUGGAUGCAAUCACUACUGAAUUGGCUAUAGAGGGUACCACUCUCCCUGUAACAGAUGAAACAACUUCACUAGCGACUGAUGUCACUACCUCAGAUGUUGAUGGCUCCACCCCAGCAGAAGAAUCCACCUCCCCUCCCACAGGAGCCACAGCCACGCUGGGCACUGCUGCUACCACUUCUGCAGAGACCACAAGUGCAGCAGACUCUACCACAACAGCUUCUGAGGCCACCAGCACAUCAGUGGACACCACAGUCUCUAUCACAGAUGUCACCAACACUACUACCAAUGCUGCCAGCACAGGGGCCACAACUUUGGGCACAGAAGCCACCUCUUCAGGUGCCACCGAUGCUAUCACCUCCACAGAAGAUGUCACCACCGAAGGGGCUGCCACUGCAGAGAGUGGUACCAGCCCUGACCAGAGCUCGACAGCAGAUACAGCUACCAGUUCUGCAGUGAAUACCACCGCUGUAGAGGGAAACCCUUGAAAAGAACAUAGAGGAAUAUUUUAUGGAUUCCCAAAAAAGGUCCUCCUCAGCAUAGACACUGGACUGCUCACUUUCUACCUACCUAUCAAGUAUUUCCAGAAACAAUCACUGCCACUUCAGAGGCAAAAAUCAUUGUAGAGAUCUGGGCUCUUCUCUUCCGUUAAGAAAUUCUCUUGAGCAUAUCUAUCUUCAUUUCAACAGCUUUUGUCUAUUUGAAAGCCACAUAAAUGUCUGCUGUGUGGGUUUGCUAUACCUCUCCUAGUGAUUGAAAUAAAAAUUAGUAUGUA